AUGAUGUUACGGGUUCGAAAAACGGGCUUCCGACGCGCGGUAGUAUUUUUCGGUUUUUUUCUAGUUUGCCUUCUGAUUGCACGCACCUCGCGCAAACAGAGAGGCUUUUCCAGAGCAUCUCUCGAACAAUUCGCUAAACUUUGCAGAGAAAGCUCUCAAAGAGUGGCACUAAACGAUUCGCCUUUUUCAGACUUUUUGAAGCCAUGGUGGAGAGUCUCGAUGGCACGCCAGGAUUGGCGUGAGUUCAAGUCCCAAAACCUUCAACAAAAGUGUCGAUACUACUUCGAUUCUGUGCACUUGAAAGACCCGCAGUGGACUAACAAUGCCGUGAGGAUCCUCUUCAAUUCUGACAAUGCCAAUAAUGCUAAAAUCUCUAACGUAAUUGAACGCGUGCGUGUGUUCGAUGAUUGCUUCAUUAGUGGAGAUCUUUCGUUGAAUCAAGUGAUCCCCCAGAAGCGCGAUGUCAUGGGCUUCCACCACCGUGUGUUUCCAUUUUUAAGGGAUUUCCGUAAGCCUGAAGAGCUGUGGCCCACUAUUGUUGACCUCAAAACAAGACGCGAGCUGCGAAAGGGCGUAGUACCACACUACUCGGCACCUGAAGACGGCGCGUUUAGGAUGGACAACUCGAAAUCCUUUUGGCGAAACUGGAAUGCCUUUUCUACCGGUCGAGGCUUAGUGUUCUCCCUCGGCGAAAGACACUUGGACCCCUUCAUAAGACAUCUCAAAAUACUUGAUCACUUAGGGAACAAGCUUCCCAUCCAAAUUGUUCAGAGAGAAAAUGAGCUAUCUGAACAAUUUCUAAAUGCCCUGUCGUCUUUCCUGCAGAGAAGCCAUCAACGGGUGUACUACAUAAAUUGUGGGGCUAUUUUGGAACCGCUCUAUGGUUUGGAAAUGACGUAUUUUGUGAAUAAAUGGAUUGCCUCAAUCUUUAACACAUUCUCUGAGGUUAUUUUGAUGGACGCUGAUGUUAUACCCUUCAUUCCCCUUGAGGAGUUCUUUGAUGACGAUCAAUACAACCGAAGCGGUGUUUUGUUAUACAAAGAUAGAGACAUGCCCGGAGAAACAACAUUUGACUAUUGCAUUGAGUCGUUCAAUUAUUUAAUGCCUUCUGCGGAAGCAACAAUACUAAUGAACCAUACUAUGAAGGUCAACGGCUCUGCGGUUCGGCCAGACAGCACAAUCUUCUCGAAUGAAGAGGAGCACAUAUAUUAUCGCUUCUUCUACAAUAAGACACUGCACAAUGUUGAUAGUGGCCUGGUUGUGUUCCGCAAGCCUGAAAAGCUCAUUGGUCUUCUAAUAUCUCUAUUCAUGAACUUAGACCCAAGGUUGAGUCGUUGUGUAUAUGGAGACAAGGAACUGUUUUGGCUAGGUCAGCUUUUUGGUGGUCAGGACUAUACAAUCGAUCCCAUUGAUGGCUCUGUAGUCGGACCUUUGGUCACAAAGCUAUCGGAAGAAACUGGAGAGAAGGAGUAUGAAAUUUGCGCAACACAGAUGAGCCAUAGUAGCCGUGACAAACGCCUGCUUUGGACCAAUGGUGGCCUAAAGAAGUGCAAAACACCAGGGGCUGCACACAUGGACUUCGACCGAUCACCAGAUUAUUUCAAGUCUCAGUACAGUAGUGAGGAAGAUCUACAAAACGUUUACGAUCAGGCAUUACAGCUUGAAGCUCUUAUUAUCCCCGAUAUCAAGAGCCAUCCUUGGGUGAAAGCGCAGGAGUGUCUGGAAUACACCUAUUGUGCUUCACUUUCCAUUGGGGAUAUGCAAUCCGCUUUGUCUAAUGGCGCACUUCUGGUUUUCGAUGGUGAUGACUCAAAAGAUUUUAAUGAAAUUUCGAACAUAUGGAAUAUAGAUCUCAUACCACAAGGGUCUUGA